GGGUUAAUAUGUUCCCUUGCUUCCCAUUAGACCACCCAUAACCUUCACAUGCUAACUCAUCUUUUAUAUAUCUUUGCUUGUAUACGCCGGCACAAAAAGAAAUGGAUGAUCAACAAGAUUACGAAGAAAGAGAAGAGAUCGUGGUGUCCAGCUCCAGCCCCGCCACUGCAGUGAUGCCUACCUUUGGACAAGUACUCAAACACGUUGCUGAUGUUCCAAAACAAGUCACUGAAAAUGAUUCUCCGGUCCAUCGUAUAAGUCCUGCAAUGAUCACUGAGCCUCGGUCAGUGCCAUUUGUUUUGUCCUUCAGUAAUCUGACGUACAGUGUCAAAGUUUUCCGGAAAAUAAAGGUGUCAAAUCUCCUUGGAAGUAAAAGAAUGGCAACAAAAACUCUUCUCGACGACAUUUCAGGAGAGGCACGAGACGGUGAAAUACUCGCCGUACUUGGCCCUUCAGGAUGCGGAAAAUCUACAUUGAUGGAUGCAUUGGCGAAUAGAAUCGACAAAGGAAGCUUAAAAGGAACGGUGACACUCAACAACCAACAGCUUGAAUCGCGAUUACUCAAGGUCAUAUCAGCGUACGUGAUGCAAGAUGAUUUAUUAUUCCCCAUGCUCACAGUUGAAGAAACCUUAAUGUUCGCAGCUGAGUUUCGCCUUCCUAUAACUCUGACAAGAUCCAAAAAAAAGCUCAGAGUUGAAACUCUCAUCGAUCAAUUAGGCCUCCGGAAUGCUGCCAACACAGUCAUUGGAGAUGAAGGACACCGCGGUGUCUCUGGAGGAGAAAGGCGCCGUGUGUCCAUUGGAAUUGACAUAAUUCAUGAUCCGAUCUUGCUGUUUCUGGAUGAACCUACCUCAGGACUCGACUCAACCAGUGCUUACAUGGUUGUCAAAGUGCUGCAAGAAAUUGCAAAGAGAGGAAGCAUUGUGAUAAUGACUGUACAUCAACCGAGUUACAGAAUUCUCGGAUUACUGGAUCAGUUAUUGUUUUUGUCAGGAGGUCAAACUGUGUACAGCGGUUCUCCAGAGAACUUGCCUCUAUAUUUCUCGGAUUUUGGAUUACCAAUGCCUGAGAACGCGGACAGGACAGAGUUUGCAGUGGAUCAGAUCAGUGAACUGGAGGCCGCGCCAGGAGGUACUAGAAGUUUAGUUGAGUUCAACAGAACAUGGCGCAAAACAAACAUCUACCUCAACAGUCCAAGUCCGUCACACGGAUUAUCUCUCAAUGAAGCUAUAAGCGCAAGCAUUUCACGUGGGAAUUUAGUCUCGGCCACAUCAGCAUUCGCCAAUCCAAUGUGGAAGGAAAUCAUGGUUUUAACAAAACGUUCAGUUACUAAUUCUCUCAGGAUGCCUAAGCUGUUUGGCGUUCGUGUUGCUGCUUUAAUGACCACUGCAUUUGUGUUUGCAUCCGUUUUCUGGAAUUUAGAUAACAGGCCUAAAUCCAUCCACGAAAGAGUUGGAUUCUUCGCAUUUGCAAUGUACAACAUUAUAAACAGUUGUGUUGAUGAUUUGCCUGUGUUGCUACAUGAGCGUUACAUAUUUAUGAGGGAAACGGCCUACAAUGCUUAUCGACGAUCUUCUUAUGUUGUAUGUCAGGCCAUUGUUGUAUUACCUAGUAUUGUUUUUUCCGCGGCAUUGUUUGCAACUCUUACAUUUUGGGGAGUGGGGCUUGACGGUGGAUUAUCUGGCUUUCUUUACUACUUUCUCAUGAUAUUGGCAUCCUUUUGGGCGGGAAGCUCUUUCGUGACAUUUGUAUCAGGAGUGGUGCCAAGUGUGAUUCUCGGCUACAUUGCUGUGGUUGCCAUUUUAGCAUACUUCACCUUGUUAAGCGGAUUCUACAUGAGCCGGGAAAGAAUUCCUAAUUACUGGAUAUGGCUACAUUACAUUUCCCUGAUUAAGUAUCCAUUCGAGGCGGUGUUACAGAAUGAGUUUGAUAACCGAAACAACUGCUUUGUCCGCGGAGUUGAAAUAUUUGAUACUUCUCCAUUUGUUAGUUUAUCGGCUGCAACGAAAAUGGAGCUGCUGGAGAGUAUCAGCAACACUCUGGGAAUGCCGAUCAACAGAAGCACAUGCUUUACGAGUGGACCUGAUAUAUUGAAGCAGCUUGGUGUGAGGGAAUUAAGCAAGUGGAAUUGCUUGUUUGUCACUGUGGCCUGGGGUUUUCUCUUUAGGAUUUUGUUCUACUUCUCUUUGUUACUGGGGAGUAAGAACAAGAGGAGGUAACAAUCUUCAUAAAGAAUUAGGUCAGAUAUAUAAUAUUUCUGUGUUGGAAAAUGCCAGGUACUUCAUAAUAUUUCCCAAUUUUUUUUCAAAUUUUAC